UGAGACGAAUGACGGGGCUUGGACGGGGUUUGUCGGCGUGAACACGCCCACUAUUUGGUGAGGGUUGUGCAGGUCGGGUUGCUAUAAUAAUAAGUUGAUAUCAAGCUGAGAAUCCUCGGAAUCGGACUGAACGAAGAUGGAUCCCUGGGUGGUGACGCCGCCCGAACGGGCGAAACACGACCAGCAGUUCAGCGGGCUGGGCCCCUCCGCCGCCGGCCUCAUCACCGGCGAACAGGCCAAGGGAUUCCUGCUGCAGAGCCAGCUGCCGCCGGCCGUGCUCGGCAAGAUAUGGGGCCUGGCUGAUCAUAACGCGGACGGCAAGAUGGACCGCAACGAGUUCAGCGUGGCGUGCAAGCUGAUCACUAACAAGCUGAAGGGCUUCGACGUGCCCUCCACUCUCCCGCCGGCGCUGAAAAACAUGCUGACGCCAACGUCCACUCAGCCAAGUGGGUUCCCCCAGCCGCAGAUGCCGGCGGGUGGUCUGAGCAGGCCGCUGGUGGCGACGGGCGACUUCCCGCAGCCGCUGGCGCCAGUGGGUGCCCUUUCGCCGCCGCAGCUGGCGCCCAGCGGCGCGCCGCUGGUGGCCACCGGGCCGGUGCCGAUCCAGCCGGCGCAGUUCGCCGCGUCGCAGCCCCAGCCGCAGCCGCCGCCGCCGCCCGGCCCGACGGUCUCUCGGUCGAGGUCUGACUCUGUGGCCAGCCAGGAGUCGGCGACGGGCGCCUCUCCCGGCGCCGAGUGGGCCGUGCCGCAGGCCUCGCGGCUCAAGUACACGCAGACGUUCAACCAGCACGACCGCACCAAGUCCGGCUACCUGUCAGGCCCGCAGGCGCGCAACAUCCUGGUGCAGAGCGGCCUGCCCAACAGCGUGCUGGCGCAGAUCUGGUCGCUCUGCGACGUGGACCAGGACGGCCGGCUCUCCUGCGAGGAGUUCGUGCUGGCGCUGCACCUGUGCGAGCGCACGCGGCAGGGCGACAAGCUAGCCAACUCGCUGCCGGCCGAGCUGGUGCCGCCCAGCUUCCGACGCGCGCGCACGCGCACCACCAGCUCCGGCUCGCAGCCGGGUGACCCGGCCGCCGCCGACCUCGUCCUCUCGCCCACGCAGCAGGCGUCGUUCGAGGACCGCCGGCGGGACAACUACAACAAGGGUCAGGCGGAGCUGGAGCGGCGUCGCAAGGUGCUGGAGGACCAGCAGCGGCGCGAGCAGGAGGAGCGCGCGCGCAAGGAGCGCGAGGAGCACGAGAAACAGGAGCGCGCCAGGCUGGAGCAGGAGCGGCGCCGCCAGGACGAGCUCGACCGCCAGAUGAUGCGGCAGCGCGAGCUGGAGCAGCAGCAGGAGGAGGCGCGCCGCCGUGAGCUCGAGCACCGCGAGGCAGCCCGCAGCGCGCCGCUGGUGGCCACCGGGCCGGUGCCGAUCCAGCCGGCGCAGUUCGCCGCGUCGCAGCCCCAGCCGCAGCCGCCGCCGCCGCCCGGCCCGACGGUCUCUCGGUCGAGGUCUGACUCUGUGGCCAGCCAGGAGUCGGCGACGGGCGCCUCUCCCGGCGCCGAGUGGGCCGUGCCGCAGGCCUCGCGGCUCAAGUACACGCAGACGUUCAACCAGCACGACCGCACCAAGUCCGGCUACCUGUCAGGCCCGCAGGCGCGCAACAUCCUGGUGCAGAGCGGCCUGCCCAACAGCGUGCUGGCGCAGAUCUGGUCGCUCUGCGACGUGGACCAGGACGGCCGGCUCUCCUGCGAGGAGUUCGUGCUGGCGCUGCACCUGUGCGAGCGCACGCGGCAGGGCGACAAGCUAGCCAACUCGCUGCCGGCCGAGCUGGUGCCGCCCAGCUUCCGACGCGCGCGCACGCGCACCACCAGCUCCGGCUCGCAGCCGGGUGACCCGGCCGCCGCCGACCUCGUCCUCUCGCCCACGCAGCAGGCGUCGUUCGAGGACCGCCGGCGGGACAACUACAACAAGGGUCAGGCGGAGCUGGAGCGGCGCCGCAAGGUGCUGGAGGACCAGCAGCGACGCGAGCAGGAGGAGCGCGCGCGCAAGGAGCGCGAGGAGCACGAGAAACAGGAGCGCGCCAGGCUGGAGCAGGAGCGGCGCCGCCAGGACGAGCUCGACCGCCAGAUGAUGCGGCAGCGCGAGCUGGAGCAGCAGCAGGAGGAGGCGCGCCGCCGUGAACUCGAGCACCGCGAGGCAGCCCGCAGGGAGAUGGAGCGGAAACGGCAGGAGGAGUGGGAGGUGCAGAAGCGGCAGGAGCUGGAGACUCAGCGCCAGAAGCAGCAGGAGGCCGUGCUGAAGCUCAAGGCGCACAACACGCAGCUUAUCGUGCAGCUCAACUCAGCGACGGACCGCGUCAAGGAGCUGACCCAGAAGAUCAGCGACACACGCACGGGCGUGACCGAGGUCAAGUCGACCAUCGACGGCAUGAGGGCCACCCGCGACAGCAACAUGGCGCAGCUCACUUCGCUGAAGGCGCAGCUGCGCGAGCAGAACAACCGGCUGCUGCAGGUCAAUCAGGAGCGCGCUCAGCUGGAGGCUCGUAACAAGCUGAACGACGCCAACAACCCGGUGCAGGCCGGCCUCGAGAGCGUCGCCAUGAACUACGACAGCAAGCAGCACAUCAUACAGCAGCUGCGCGAGCGCGUGCAGGCCGGCGACUCCCAGUGCGCCGAGAAAGAGGCUGAGCUGGAGGCGCAACUGGACCAGCUGAAGGAGAUGAAGGACGUGCUGAACUCGCUGGUGGCCGGCUGCCAGGAGGUGCACGCGCAGUGGGAGCUGAAGCGGCGCAGCGUGCUGGAGCUGCGCCGCCCGGACGCCGCACCGCCGGACGCCGAAGGGUCCCGCAAGGUGGCGUACCGGGCGCUGUACGAGUUCCAGGGCCGCUCCGCCGACGAGGUCUCCUUCCAGCCGGGCGACAUUGUCGUGAUUAAUCUGGACGCCAACCCGGAGCCGAACUGGCUGGAGGGCGAGGUCAACGGUCACGUGGGCUGGCUGCCGGAGUCUUACGUGGAGCCGGUCGACACGGCCACGCUCAGCUCGUCGGAGGGCGCGGCGCGGGCCUUCAACGGCGAGAACGCUCCGGCCCAGGUGAGACGGGUGAACUCACCCGCCGUGUGUGGGGGGUGGUGGUUUCGUCCCUCUGGCGAAGGUGAGGGGGCCGACUCGCGCUGGGGCGGGGCCGCCGCUAGUGUUGUCCCCGGUCCCGGCACCUGGUACUGCGGGCUUUCCGUUUGUCCUGCGUUGGCGUGUGUGUGUGUGCGCGUGUGUGGGUGGUGUAGGCAUUUCCGGCCACUUAACGGACGGCCGAGCGUUUGUUGGACAACACGGGGUCCGUUGUUACUGUUGAGCACCAACAUCCUGCACGAAGUCCUUUUGUUGGUUUGUCUCCGUUUGCCUUGUAAAUACGCACCUUUGCGCUACCUCGAACAUGGUACUGACGAUACCCCGCGCACUUCCCGGCGGCCUAACCUUGUGUGUUGCCGCCGGUGGCGAACGCUGAGACUGCCGCUUCUGGCAGCAACUCGGAGGCGUUGUUUCACCUUAAUGUGGCCGAAAUUUGUGCUCCUUCGUCCACGUGUUUGCUUGAUGUCUUGUGCGAGGUCGGUGUCGGUGACGGCGGCAGCGUCUGACAGCUGUCGUAUUCGUUCGCAGGCUCCGGCGACCGGGCCGCAGCCAGCUUCCGGGGCCAGCCGCCACGUGGCGCUGUACACCUACGAGUCGACCGAGCCGGGCGACCUGCUCUUCCAGCAGGGCGACGUGAUCCAUGUCACCGAGAAGCAUGGCGAGUGGUGGACGGGCACCCUCAACGGCGUCACCGGCAUCUUCCCCUCCAACUACGUGCAGCAGAUCGAGGAGGCGGAGGCGGAGCCGUCGCCGCAGCCGCAGCCGUCGCCGCUCAUCAUGGAGCAGCGCGGGCAGGCCGACCAGCCCGAGCCCAGCCGGCCUCCCAAAGCGACCGGGGUCUGCCGGGCGCCCAGCGUCAAGAAGCGGAAGGGCGAGGUGGCCGUGGCGAUCGCGCCCUACGAGGCCACCAGCUCCGAGCAGCUGACGCUCGGCCGCGGCCAGCUGGUCAUGGUGCGCAAGAAGUCGGAGACGGGCUGGUGGGAGGGUGAGAUCCAGAUGCGCGGCAAGCAGCGCCAGGUGGGCUGGUUCCCGGCGUCCUUCGUUAAGCUGAAGACGUCGCGCCGCAUGUCGAUCCCGGACGAGACGGAGCCACCGAUGCCGGACGCUCAGUGUCCGGGAGACGCGCCGGCGCCCGACCCCGGCGCGCCCAAAGAGCUGGUGGUGGCCCAGUUCCCGUACGCGGCGCAGAACGACGACGAGCUCACGUUCCAGGCCGACGACGUUAUCUCCGUCGUCAACAAGGACGACACGGCCUGGUGGAAGGGCGAGCUGAACGGCAUCGUCGGCCUCUUCCCUUCCAACUACGUGGCGCCCAAGACGGCCCAAUACGAGGCCGACUCGCCGCCGGGCUGGUCCGAGCACGGCGGCAGCCCGGCGGAGGAGGAGGCGCCGCGCUCGCCGCACGAGCCGCCGCCGAGCGAGGAGGAGCGCCAGCGCCAGGAGGCCAUCGCCGAGCUGAUCGACAGCGAGCAGAGCUACCUGACCAGCAUGUCGCUCGUCACAGAGGUGUUCCGGCGCCCCCUGGUGUCGGAAGGCGUGCUGACGCGGGAGGAGGCGCGCGUGCUGUUCGUCAACUGGCCUGACCUGGUCAAGGCGAGCCGUAAGCUGAUGGUGGCCUUCCGCGUGCGUCGGAAGAUGUCGGCCGGCGGCGUCAUCCACCUGAUCGGUGACAUCCUGUGCGAGAACCUGCCGAACAUGACGUCCUACAUGCGGUUCUGCAGCUGCCAGCUGCGCGCCGCCACGCUGCUGCAGCGCAAAGUGCAAUACCCGCGUUUUGACGAGGCCGUGCGCCGCUGCCAGAGCGACCCGCGGGCCGCCGGUAUGCCGCUGAGCAGCUUCCUGCUCAAGCCCACCCAGCGCGUCACCAAGUACCCCCUGCUGCUGAAACAGAUUCUCAAGUACACCGGCGCCGGCCACCCGGACCGAGCGAACCUGGAGGAGGCGCUGGUCCGGGCCGAGGAGCUGUGCAGAGAGGUGAACGAGGGCGUUCGGGAGCAGCAGAACUCGGACCGCCUCGAGUGGAUGCAGGAGCACAUCGACUGCUCCGACAUCCCCGAGCGCAUCGUCUUCAACUCCAUGACCAACUCGGCCGGGCCGCGCCGGCUCAUCCACUUCGGCCUGCUGAAGAAGACUAAGAGUGGGAGAGAGGUGGUAGCUUUUCUCUUCAACGACUUCGUGAUGCUGACCACGCCCGGAAAGCCGCUGGGCAAUGUGAGUCAGCUGGAGUUCGACAGGAAUCUCUCCAACCUCAAGUUCAAAUUGUACAAAAAGCCACUGUUCCUGGGCGAGUUGGAGGUGUCGCCGCCGGAGGACGACUCGGACGCGCUGGUGCUGACCUGUUCCGGUCACGUGAUCUCGCUGACCGCAAGCAAUCGUGUGGCGCGCGACCUCUGGCUGAAGCAGCUGCUGGCCGCCCAGGACACGUUCAAGAGCCGGGAGCAGUGCGAGCUGCAGCGGCAGCACUCUCGGGAGGCCAAGUUUGCCGCGUGCGGCCGCCUCCUGGUGUUCAUCAUGUCGGCCAAUCGGCUAGUGUCUGCCGGGCCAGACGGCAAGAGCGACCCGUACUGCGAGCUGACCAUGGGCAGCCAGGUGCAGCGCACGCCAGUCAUCGAGAGCACGCUCAACCCGCGCUGGAACCACAGCAUGCAGUUCCUGGUCAAGGACAUCCGCGACGACGUGCUCUGCAUCUCGGUGUUCGACCGGGACCAUUUCUCGCCCAACGAGUUCCUGGGCCGCACCGAACUGCGCGUCUCGGACGUGCACAACGACAGCCAGCGCUACCGCGGCCCCAUCAUCAAGCGACUGCCGCUGCACGAGGUCAGACGCGGCGAGGUCGACCUCAAGCUCGACCUGCAGCUGUUCGUUGACCGGUGCUAGUGCCGCCGCCGGCCGGUGGCGGAGCGAGUCUGCCCCUGCACCGACGCCGGUGGCGCCAGGCGGGCGCCCAGUCCGGAAGGGAGGGACAGCUCGCAGCUCGGGUAGCGUUACAGGCCGAGCUGGCCAGCCUCGAGACUCCCGAGACCUCCCGAGGCCUCCCGAGGCCUCCCGAGACCUCGGUCUGGCGACUGAUCUCGGCGGCGAGUUGGUGGCCGUGGUUUUGGGACGGGCUGGAGCGGACCAACGAGGUGGGCGGAUGCGCCUCGGCCGCGACGGAGCCGUGAUGAUGGAUGGCUGUUUCAAUGGCGAGGGACGGUGGAGACAGUGGCGAAUUUCGCCUCAUCCCUGUUCCAAAUACGGCAGUGUGUCUCACUGGCUGACAUCAGCUGGCCAGCAUGGCUCUGAUGUUGGCUGUGCUGCUGGUUUUGUGACGGGGUGCUACGAACCCCACGAGACAGAAAUGUCAACGCUUCGCUCGUCUGCGCCAAGUGGGGAUGGAACAGCUGGACCAGGCUGCGUAGUCAGCUGAUAAGGGUAACCAGUGAAGACGGCUGGACUAGUCAGUCUAAAUGACGACAUCACGGCUGUCUGUAGCCUUUGUGUAGUUGUCCUCUUACACAGGCUCGGGAGACCCUCAGCGCUCCCAGACAUUGCGGUAUUGUCUGGUCUUCACCUGGCGCUGUCUUCGCUACCCGUCACUUGUUGUCGUUAUGGUCCGUUUUGGACCGUUGAAGUUCAUGUAGUUUUGAGUUUAGGCAUCCCUCUCAUGUGUUCCACGGCGGGUGUUGAGUAUCAGCUUGUUGCCUGUUUCCUGCAAGCUGUCACUGCAUGGCUUCUACAGAAUGCUUGCUGCCAGAGAGCUUCGUGUCCUCUUUUUGGAGGAAACAGACCAUGUUCUACGUCCGUAUGUUGUUCAACAGCCGGGAAUUCGGCGUCUCUUGGUUCAAGUCGUACUGUGUUUAGGAUGACUGUUGAGAUAUGUUCAAACUUCAGACUGGGACGGCCGUCAAAAGGUAGCUGUCGGCAUCUGGUCGGAACGCACAAUGUUUUGAGGAUCGCGUAUGUACACGGAAGGCUC